GAUGCCGGCACGCCAGCUCCAGUUCCAGCUUUUCGAAAACCUCGGAUAGCGGGCAAACCUUGCUUAUAACCGUCCACCACCGUGGCUUUCGUCCUACGCGCCAGAGUACUUUCCGUGCAAAACUUGCGCUUGAUCGCCCCUCGCAUUAUCGGCUGCGCUCGCCGCUCCAUUGUCGAGGUCAGCGGUACCGCUGCUGAGGACACCCCGACGCGGCACGCAUCCAAGCACACGAGAUCCAAAGCUCGCGAGGACAGGACCAACAUGGCGCAUACGAUGAGCGUGACGUUCCUCGGGACGUCGUCAGGCGGCGGACCGACCGUGUCGCGCAAUUGCUCGAGCUUGGUCGUCGACGCGCUAGGAGACGGAACACUAUGGAUGGUGGACUGUGCGGAGGGCACGCUACGCCAGUUCCAGUUCCAGCCUACACGGACCCCGCGACGUCUCAAAGUGAUGGGCGUGCGCAAGGUGUUCAUCACACACAUGCACGCUGACCACAUAAUGGGUCUCAUCACCCUCCUCCGCAACAACCUCCGCCCCGCCUGGCUCGCGAAAAAAGAAGACACGGUGAAGGACGACGCCAGCAACGUUGCGUCAGAAAACGGUCCAAUCAAGCCUGGCAACUCAUCAUCAUACUCUCCGGCGGAGAGCGCGAGCGUAGAGAUCUACGGCCCCGCCGGCCUACGCUCGUUCGUCCGACAAAUCCUCACCGUCACCCACACCCGCUCCGCCGACAAAUACGUCGUCCACGAGCUCCUCACCCCUUCUGACCCGUCCACGCCCUGCCACCCCCGACCCCUCGACGACGACGACGACGACGCGGCCCAUUCCCACGCCGUCGCCUCGCCCGACGUGCUGCACUCCAGCGAGCUGCCCGGGCGCGACGUCCUGUGCUCCGAGGACGGAUUCUGGCGGAACAUCGCGCGCGGGAGGGGCACGUUCCGGGGCGGCGAGGUGCGCGUCGACGCGGGCCCGAUCGUGCACCGCGACCCGUGCAUCGGCUACGUGUUCCGCGAGAUGGCGCCGCCGUGGCGGAAGCUGGUCAUACUCGGCGACACGCGGGACGCGGACGCGCUCGUGCCUUUGAUCAAGGAACCUGCCGCGGCGCCGGGCGACGAAGACGGGCGUCAUCCGGAUCCGGAGCAGAUGGAGCAGGACAGGGCGGACGAGCAAGUGUCGAGCGCUCUUGCCGACUCGCAGGCGGUGUCGCUCCUCGUACACGAGGCGACGGACGCAUAUAUCCCGCCUUCGAUCGACCCCAUGGUAAAAAAAAGAUCUCCCGAGCUCGUGGCCGAAAAGUGCGUCGAGCGCGGCCACUCGACGCCUGUCAUGGCCGGCGAGUUCGCGAAGAAGAUCGGCGCGCGGCGUGUCGUGCUCAACCAUAUCGGAUCAAGGUUCCCGCUACCGACGAACAAUAUGGGCUAUCGUCUUCAAACACUGCGCGCGUCCGUCGUUGACGAGAUCGCGCGACAGUGCACAGAGGCUUGGGGCUCGGGUACGGAGGCCGUCUGCGCGUAUGAUUUCCUAACCGUGGAGAUUCCAGCACGAGUCACCGGCUAUAGAGAAACGGUCGGAAGAUUCGACAACGAGAUAGACGUCAAGGACUUCGUUCCCCGUUCGAGCAGGCGCGACGACUAUGCCGCCUCGGAUAUGGGACCGCCGAUGCUUCCGGGUGGCAUCGAACCCGUGAUCCGUUCUAAUAGAGGAGGCAACAGGGAUAGGGACUUCGACCGGGGAGGUGAUAGGACUCGAGACUACAACGGGGGAGGAGGCCACAGGAACCCGGACUAUGACCGGGGAGAGGACAGGAAUCGGGACUACGACCGGGGAGGAGGCGACAAGGAUGGCGGCUACGACCGAGGAGGCGGCUUCGGUGGACGACGUCGCGACGACUAUGCGAAUAACGGAGAUGGGCGGGGUGGUGGCAACUCCGGCUUGAGCGGACGAAGGGAUCAAGGCAGCGGCAGGAGGGAUAUGCACACCCGCUCCCCUGCUGAUCGGGAUGCCGGGAGAGGGCGAGGCCGAAAUCCAGCGCAUGUGCCCGUGCCGGACCAUGGCACGCCGCUCGACGAGCCGAUGCCUUUCAGGUCGGGCGGCUACGAGAGGGAAAGAGGGUCUGGAAGAGGCGGGCCGGCACCACGCCCGGGGAGGGGUAGGGGUGGGCGCGCUGACAGCCACGGUGCACAGUCUGGGGAGAAAAGGAGGAGGACGUGAACGGGUACAUUGGGUCUCGCGCAGCUGCAUCCAACCUUGUCUUCCGUUUUGCAUUGUAACACCUUGCCGCCCGGGUUGCCGUGGAGCACCGCGUUCACAGGUACACGUUUCACGUUCCCGCCUCUUUAUCUACGCGUGAACGCGAUGGUAUAUUCU